UUGAGGCAAUAAAGAUGGGACAACCGCAUCCAAAUGGAAUGGGUGGUAACAAUGGUGAUAAGAAGGACGAAAACAAGGAGAAGAAGCCAAAGUACGAGCCCCCAGUACCGUCACGUGUCGGAAAGAAGAAGAAAGUACAGAAGGGCCCAGAUGCUGCACACAAGCUACCAGCAAUAACACCCCAUGCUAAGUGUCGGUUACGGUUGCUCAAGCUAGAGCGUAUUAAAGAUUUCCUGUUGAUGGAGGAGGAGUUCAUCAGAAAUCAGGAGGUUCUCAAACCACAGGAGGAGAGAAACGAGGAGGAGAGAAGCAAGGUAGAUGACCUGCGAGGUAGCCCGAUGAGUGUUGGAACACUAGAAGAGAUAAUAGACGAUAACCAUGCUAUUGUCAGCACUAGUGUCGGUUCUGAGCAUUACGUUUCUAUUUUAUCUUUUGUUGAUAUAGACUCUCUGGAACCUGGAUGUACCGUACUUCUCAAUCACAAGGUACAUGCUGUGGUUGGUGUCCUACAAGACGAAACAGACCCUCUGGUCUCCGUCAUGAAAUUGGAGAAAGCCCCUAAGGAGACCUAUGCUGAUGUUGGUGGUUUGGAACAGCAAAUUCAGGAGAUUAAGGAGUCUGUCGAGCUUCCGUUAACCCAUCCUGAAUAUUACGAAGAAAUGGGGAUCAGACCCCCUAAAGGAGUCAUUUUAUACGGAGCUCCUGGAACCGGUAAAACACUGUUGGCUAAAGCUGUAGCUAAUCAGACUUCUGCAACUUUCCUCCGCGUGGUAGGAUCCGAGCUGAUACAAAAGUACCUCGGAGACGGCCCCAAACUUGUCAGAGAACUCUUCAGAGUGGCUGAAGAUCACGCACCUUCCAUAGUAUUUAUUGACGAGAUUGAUGCGGUUGGUACGAAGAGAUACGAAUCUAACUCUGGGGGAGAACGUGAAAUUCAAAGAACGAUGUUGGAGUUACUCAAUCAAUUGGACGGCUUCGAUUACCGUGGCGACGUUAAGGUCAUCAUGGCAACCAACAGGAUAGAAACACUUGACCCAGCUUUGAUCCGACCAGGCAGGAUUGACCGGAAGAUCGAGUUCCCGUACCCCGACGAGAAGACAAAGCGCAAGAUUUUCCAGAUCCACACUGGUAAAAUGAAUCUGGCUGAAGGAGUGAACUUGGAAGAUUUGAUCAUGUCCAAAGAUGAACUUUCUGGAGCGGAUGUCAAGGCGAUCUGCACAGAAGCCGGGCUUAUGGCACUCAGAGAGCGUAGAAUGAGGGUAGCACAGGAAGAUUUCAUAAAGGCUAAAGAAAACGUGAUGUACCGGAAGAACGAGGGAACUCCUGAGGGGCUCUAUCUGUAGUUGAUGUGUUGGAUAUUUGUAUAUAGAAACUUAUAGUUGUAAGAGCCAGUUUUUGGCUGAGAUACAAAAUAUGUUGGUUCUUACUUACUUCGUACUUUGUAUUGCUGGCCUACUGUUCAUUAGAGUGCAACCUUGAGGCUUCAGCUCAGAACUUUUACAAGGUGGAAUUCCUUCACAAUAGGUGAAAUUUACAGCUUCUUAGAUAAUGACCCGAUCUGUACAACUAUCAUGUUCAAGUUACUACUGCUGGCAGUAAUUCGUCAAAAUUCCAUUAAUAAGGGGGGUCAGCUGGUGAAAAUAUCACUUAGUUUGCGGUUCUCAUCUUUGAAGUUGAAAGUGGAAUUAAAUUGUAUUUGUAUAAGUUUAUAAUACCAA